GACUCAUUGCUGCCGUGCUUUAGGAGUUUGUCAUCUACAGAUAAUGGAGCCGAUUCAAUCACCUGAAACUGCAGACAUUCAGCCACUCUCUCCCUCUGUUCCUGUUCCUCCCACACUGAGAGAUGGAGAGUGUUACCAUGUCUUCAUUAGCUACAGCAGCACUGACUGCCAGUGGACCCACUGCCUCAUCGACCAGCUGGAGGCCUGCGGCCUGCAGGUCUGCUACCAUGAGCGAGACUUCACCCCCGGCCGCACCGUGUUGGAAAACAUGUCCGACUGCAUCCAGGAGAGCCAGAAGGUCCUGCUGGUUCUCAGCCCAGAGUUUGUGAGGAGCCGCUGGUGUCUCCUGGAGGCCAACAUGUCUUUGUUCAGAGACUGCCUGGAGAGGAAGCCCAUCGUCCCAGUGCUGCUGGAGCCAGGAGUCUCUGUUCCUCUCCACCUCUGCCACCUCACCUACCUCGAGGCCAACGACCCCGACUUCAAGAAUAAGCUGCUCAAGGUGCUCUGCACCCCCAACCAGCAGCUUCAAGGGUCCACCGUGCUGCCCUUCCAUCCCCCCUCCAUCUACAACGGGAAGGCCCUGCAGCCGUUGGUUGCUGUAAAUGAAGACAGUCUCAGUAAAUGGGAUUGUGGUCAGUUCAGUGACAUGGAGGUACCAGACCAGCUGCGCCUGAUCAUUGAGGACCAAGAGAAGUACAGAAAGGCUGUGAGGAUGAUCAACAGUGUGUCUCAAAAUAAGCGACCACUCUGGGUUACAGGCUAAUUAUGAUGGAAGCAGCAGAGAGCUUCUUGAAUACGGAUUGUUAUGCAUUUUUUUUGUAUAGAUAAUGGAGCCAAUUAAUUCACUUGAGACUGCCGACAUUCAGCCACUCUCUCCCUCUGUUCCUGUUCCUCCCACCCUGAGAGAUGGAGAGAGUUACCAUGUCUUCAUUAGCUACAGCAGCACUGACUACCAGUGGACCCACUGCCUCAUCGACCAGCUGGAGGCCUGCGGCCUGCAGGUCUGCUACCAUGAUCGAGACUUCACUCCCGGCCGCACCGUGUUGGAAAACAUGUCCGACUGCAUCCAGGAGAGCCAGAAGGUCCUGCUGGUUCUCAGCCCAGAGUUUGUGAGGAGCCGCUGGUGUCUCCUGGAGGCCAACAUGUCUUUGUUCAGAGACUGCCUGGAGAGGAAGCCCAUCGUCCCAGUGCUGCUGGAGCCAGGAGUCUCCGUUCCUCUCCACCUCUGCCACCUCACCUACCUCGAGGCCAACGACCCCGACUUCAAGAAUAAGCUGCUCAAGGUGCUCUGCACCCCCAACCAGCAGCUUCAAGGGUCCACCGUGCUGCCCUUCCAUCCUCCCUCCAUCUACAACGGGAAGGCCCUGCAGCCGUUGGAUGCUGUUAAUGAAGACAGUCUCAGUAAAUGGGAUUGUGGUCAGUUCAGUGACAUGGAGGUACCAGACCAGCUGCGCCUGAUCAUCGAGGACCAAGAGAAGUACAGAAAGGCUGUGAGGACGAUCAACAGUGUGUCUCAAAAUAAAGUUUGGUUCCGCCCCGUUUGGGUUAGAGUAUUAAUUCA